AGGCCUCACCCGGUCAGAGGUGUUGCAAGCGGAGACAGGAUAGUGUUGCUAGCAACAUCGCCCCUACACUCGGGUUCAACUACGCGGUUAUCCCCUACCGCGUUCGUUCACAGAGAUAAAACUUAUAAUGUGUUGCCUGUGAUGAACAAAGCCAAUUAUCAAUGAUACUUCUGAAAGUAACUUAUUGUGAAUGAGAGAAAACUGUGAUUUAUUAUUAGUCAAUGGAAAUGUUGAAAUUAGUAUAGGUUAAUAAGGUGCGUUAAAUAUUAAUUUAUUGAAUUAUAAAUGUUGACUUACUAAUCAACAUUGACGAGUGAACUCAAUACUUUUCUUAUGAACAAUAGCCAAUAAUGUGUUUAGCACGAUAUUAAUAAUUUAGUUAUAUUUUCAUUAUCCAAAUGAAGAUGUGAUUCGUUUGUUUUCGUCAUUUGCUUCAUCCUGUAAACAAACUAUAACUAGUGAAGUAAACUAAAGCUUCAUGUAGACAAAUCGUGAAUCAGGAGCAAUAUUUCAAUACAUGACGCGCUUUUGAAGUGAAUAUGUUUCAUAUACCUAUAAAUAGGCUGAGCAGGAAAAACGAGACAUUGUCUUAACUUGAGAGUGAGAACAAAUACACGAAGGCAGUUGUGGACCUCGCUAACAAGGUGUGGAGCUCGCUAGCAAGGUGUGGAGCUCGCUAACAAGGUGUGGAGCUCGCUAACAAGGUGUGGAGUUCGCUAGCAAGGUGUGGAGUUCGCUAGCAAGGUGUGGAGCUCGCUAGCAAGGUGUGGAGCUCGCUAACAAGGUGUGGAGCUCGCUAGCAAGGUGUGGAGUUCGCUAGCAAGGUGUGGAGCUCACUAACAAGGUGUGGAGCUCUCCAGCAAGGUGUGGAGUUCGCUAGCAAGGCGUGGAGCUCGCUAGCAAGGUGUGGAGCUCGCUAACAAGGUGUGGAGCUCUCUAGCAAAGUUGUGGAACUCGCUAGCAAGGUGUGGAGCUCGCUAACAAGGUGUGGAGCUCUCUAGCAAGGUUGUGGAACUCGCUAACAAGGUGUGGAGUUCACUAACAAGGUGUGGAGCUCACUAACAAGGUGUGGAGCUCGCUAGCAAGGUUGUGGAGCUCGCUAGCAAGGUGCGGAGCUCACUAACAAGGUGUGGAGCUCGCUAGCAAGGUGUGGAGUUCGCUAGAAAGGUCUGAAGCUCACUAACAAGGUAUGGAGCUCGCUAACAAAGCUCGCUGACAAUAUGUAGGCCACUCUAACGAUAUGUGGACCUCACUAACACGUGUGUACGACCUUAACGAUGUGUACUGUGUUUGUGGGCACUUCGCUCCCAUAAAGUGCGUGCCUAGUGUACUGGCUCGUACUGAGAGACACCGUCAAGUUCUCUCAAACUAGACUGUGCUGACAGGAAACAAAUAAUUAUCUUCUGUCUUUCUGGACCCAACUGCGUAGAUUAAAAAUAUGAGCGCUUCUGCUACCCAGGACUUGUGAACAGACCUGAAAAGACCAUGACCCUGCCGGGAAGAGACUAGAGAACUGCCAUGAAGAUGGAGAGACGAAAAACCAACGUCUCCCCCACCUCCUUCUCCAGUGACACGGUCCUCCCGAAGUGUAUCUAAUUUCUAGUCAACUUAUGCAGUCAAUGUGACUGGCUGACUGGUUGAAGGAGAGGCAUCGGUGGUCUCCCCACACUUUCCAGUGGUGCGAGUCCUUGGUGUCGAGUUGGGGCCAGAUGGGACCAAGUCUGCAGCCCUUACUGCUUCCUGUGGCGGUGGCGACGCUGCUAGUGGCGGUGGCUGGAGAUGGGGUGGUGGGCCCCGGGCAGCUGGAAGUGGAGGUGGGCGGCGGGGCGUUGGGCGGCGGUGUGGGAGAGACAGUGGCCAACAACAGUCACGUCAAUGUCUUGCCUGGGGAGGACGCCAAGCUCGCCUGCCCCAUCCCCUCCGACGUAUACGGCUCGAGAGUAUCUUGGCUCAGACGGAAAGAUAUGCAACUCUUGGCUAUCAGCGAGAUGCAGUAUACAAGCGACCACCGCAUCUUUGUCUCCCACUCCAGACACUCCCACAAGAAGGACUCAAGGCAUACUCAGAUGUGGUUUCUUCACAUACGGAACGUGACGAAGAAUGACGAAGGAGAAUACGAGUGCCAGACGUCCACACAUCCCCCUAUGUCUUUUAUGACCUUCCUCAAAGUGCAGACGGCCCGAAGCGAAAUGCAAGGUUCUGCAGAGCGUAUGGUGGCAGCGGGGAGCAGCUUACAGCUUGUGUGUACUUUCAAAGAUGCUUCAAACACACCUCCCUAUGUUUUCUGGUACCAAGACUCUAGGAUGAUCAACUACGACACUGCCAGGGGCGUCCAUAUCAACUCCGACCAGGAGCACAGCAUCCUGACGGUGUCGUCGGUGUUAGAUGAACACGCUGGGAACUACACCUGCAGCCCUGCCAACGCCAGCCCCUCCUCCGUCCUCGUGCACGUCGUGGUUGAGACGACGGAUCCUGGGCUAAGUCGCCGUGGUCAGAAGGAGGUCGGGGAGGCGGAGAAAACGCCAGUGCGGCAACUCGGGGUUAAGAGUGCCUCUUCGGCUGGCCCUCGCGUCCUACCUCAGACACUGGCACUAUUCUUGCUGGCCCUCCUCCUCCUCGACGCCCUCACGUUCCCCAGGGUCUUCCAGCGUAGCUUGUAGAGCGCCGGCAAUCUGCCCGAAGCCUCCUUGUUGAGGCUUCUAUCAACGUGCCGAUGUGAUAAGCCUCGGUUUAAGGAUCUUGGCACCAGUGUAGUGCUUAGUGCCACAUAGUCCGUAUACUUUCAUAUACUACGAUGGAAAAAAUAUAUAUACAGUUGUAUAUAAACACGAAAUUUAUACAUAAUAAAACUGUUUGCGGAAACAAAAUAAAAAUAGCCACACUUUUAUAUUCGAAUGGUGUGAGGUCUUUCUGAUAAUGUGCAUUUUGAGUGCGACAUCGUGGACAUAUUGAAAACAUCGGUGACGCUUACUUUGAGAGAAAAACAGAUACUCCUUUUUUUUAGUAUUCAGUGAAACAUUGACCUCGUUUGGAAUGACUCCACUACACAUUUGGAGUUCAAUGACCCAGUGACACUGACAUAAAUACUCUCUCUUAUUGAUGUUCACUUGAUCUGUAGUCAAUGGCUUGUUAAUCAUGAGUAUUUAGGUUCUUCCGAGUUCGCUGCAGCUGCUCUUUACCGGCAGAGGAACAGCAAUGCUCUUUCGCACGAGUACAACCCAUCUCGUCACAACGGGCACGACAAUAUCCGUGAACACGGGUUAUAUACAGUGUUGAUGUUUACCUGUGUUGCUCGUCAUGACAAAAGUGUGGAGUGUACAUUUAAAGGUGUAUUAAUGGGAAAUUUGUUGUAUUCAUACGCUGUAUAAUACCUUUUUUACACAAAAAAGGAGUUCCUAUUGUCUUAAAAGUGUGAAAUACUGGAAUGAGCUGAGAUUUAUAGUGUUUAGUAUAAGAGUUUUUACCAAAAUCCAGCUUGAACUGUCGACAGUACAUCACAGAACAGUAAUUUAUCACUGAAAGCCAGUCGUUGUAACCAUAAACUAACUUCCUGUGAAAAGGAAGGCACUACAGUGUUAAAACCCGCGUUCGAGGGCUGAAUGAGUGAACAAAGAGAUGACAAUAUGUACAAAGGGAAGUUAUGACUUAUGGUAAUGUUAUGCUGUUAUAGUUCGAGACUAGCAGAACACUGGAGAACGGACCGAAACAGACCCUAGACUGCACAACUUUUGUUCUUCAUGGCCCCGUUUGUAUUGCGUGUCUCCAGACUGUUUAUAUUUCAGAGUUUAAUGAUAAUAAAAGGAUUAUAUUGAUGGAGGCGAUAUAUAAAUGUUUGGUUGAAUCAAACGUAAAAAUUAUAUUUGUUAUGAAAAUAGUGUGUCACCCUCCCCUUCCCUCCACAACAUUUCCAUCGAGAUUUUUUCGCAAUGAGCGUCUCUCUACGAGCGUCCCGUUACAAAUGUUUCUCCAAGAACGCCUAUCAGAAAAAAAGCAUAACACCAAGCGUGUGCUUCAGGUACUAUUUCAUUUAUAGAGCACCCUGCCAUCUGUCGGGUACCCCUGCCUCCUGUCAAGUACUCCGCUGCUUCCAACUUAAGGAUAUUGAACAGAAACCACCGGGGAUGUUCACCAGUUUCACCUAGGAUCUUCACCAGAAACCAUCGGGAUAUUCAUCAUUUACUUAUGGUGCUUGCUUUCCCAUAUAUUAAUGCUGAAAACUAGCAUUCUACAGUAUAUAUAUA